GAGAGUCUCUCGGGAGGCUGGAUUAGCCACAAGUUGUGGUGAACCAGGGUAAAUUUGGUGUGCCUCUUACUCUUCUCUUUACAUCUCUUUUGAAUUUUUUUAAUUCCUGCGAUUUCUACGAUCAAGCGCUAUUCACCCCCCCUCUAGCGUUGGUCUAUUAUUCUAACAAUUGGUAUCGGAGCCUAACUCGCGUUCAAACUUAACCGUUUGAGAGUAAAGCGAUCAUGGGUUCUUCUUCUAGAAAUCUCUAUGUAGGAAUUGGAGAAGGUCAGUCUACGUCUAGGCCACCACUAUUUGAUGGCACCAACUAUUCCUAUUGGAAGGAACGGAUGAGAAUCUAUAUCCGUUCCACCAACUUCCAAUUAUGGUUGGUCAUCAAAAAUGGAGAGCAAAUCCCAAUGAAGAAAGUAGGAGAAACCACGGUCCCAAAAACCGAGGACGAACUUGAUGCCGAGGACAUCAAAAAGGUGGAGAACUACGCCAAGGCAAUCAACAUGCUGUACUGUGCCGUCAAUCCUGAUGAUUAUCGCAAGAUCUCUUGCUGCACCACUGCUAAAGAAAUGUGGGACAAGCUGGAAGUCACAUAUGAAGGUACGGACCAAGUUCGGGAAGCCAAAAUUGACUUCCUAACGCAGGAGUACGAGAUGUUCAGGAUGAAGGAAGGCGAAAAGAUCGAUGACAUGUUCGAUCGGUUCUCAAAGAUCAUCAACGACCUUCCCACGCUCUCAAGAAGACGUAUGCCAACAAGGACCUUGUGAGGAAAAUCCUGCGGAGUCUCACACCCGAAUGGAGAUCAAAGGCUAACGCAAUCUACGAAUCCAUCGGAGUCUCCAAUGUCACCAUCGACGGGCUAAGAGGUAACCUCAAAACUUAUGAAUCUACUAUUCUAUUUCCGUCUUUGGAUGAAGAAGUAGGGAAUAGCACUGAAAGCAACCAAGGAGACCGUGGAAGAAGACUCAAGCGAUGAUGACAACGAGUUCGGACUCGUCAUCAAGAAAUUCCACAAAUUUAU